UUUCCCCACCCGCCCCGACCUCGCCCGCCACUUCCGACAGCUCCACGAGCGCGAGCGCAACAAGAAGCUCCGCCGCCUCCGCAGCCUCAGAAGAGAUGGAACAGGACGAGGCUGACGAGGCGAGGAAAAAAAGAAAAAGCCCAGGGGUCUCAUGAAAAAAUGUGACGCCUGACGUGCGGGCCCCCUGUAAGAAUAGUGUCAAACGAGCUUAAACCCGUGUUUUGGGUGGACUGAGACAAUUGGACACAAAAGUUGUGGUUCUGUGGACAGAUUAGCAUCUACCAGUGCUCCGUGAGAAGGCUGCCUCAAAACCUGUGGUUCUGUGAAAUUUACUUUUUUGGAGGCCCUGAACAAAUGCACACUUUGCACCUGUCGGUACACGGCCGUGGGAAUAGGGGUCAUCAUUGUUCUCCAGCUUGAAAUACUGCGAACUGAGUGCACACUGAUCGGGAGUCCCACAAUCUAUGAGGUUAAUGCUCCUCAACCUAAGACCGGAUCCUAUUCUGAUGGCCUAGGCAUCCAUGGGAGCAUGAUCUCAAGGGCUGAGCAAGGUGUUACCAAUAUAGCAUAUUCUCCUCGUCAAGGCUUGUUGGGAUCUUCUACUGCUGCAAGGGCAGAGCAUGCUGUGAAGAAUCUGCCGUUCUCUGGAUUUUAUGGUCCAAUGCAAUCACAAAACGCAAUCUAUGCCAAGAUGCAGCAGCUUUCACUGAACUCUCAUAAAGGCCAAAGGCUUGCAGUUCCUUGGGCCUUUGGCUUUCCUGGUAAUACUUAUGGGUACCGUGUGCAUCCUUUGUAUCAACAAACACCUCCAAUGUAUAUGAAUGGAGGCCCUGUUACUAACAAUGAAGGUCCUGCCAUCCCAAUUGCUAAUUUAAACCCAUACCUAGCCAGAUGGACAAUCAAAGGUAGGGUUACUGGAAAGACUGAGGUCCGGCAUUUUGGCGAAGGGAAAGUCUUCUCCUUCGAUCUACUUGAUGCCCAGGGUGAUGAAAUUCGUGCAACAUGUUUCAAUUCACUGGUUGACCAAUAUUAUGACAAAAUUGUGGUUGGAAAUGUGUACUUGAUAUCUAGAGCAUCGGUGAAACCUGUACUCCGAAAGAAAGCCAACCCUUUAAACCAUGAGCAUGAACUGAUUCUGGAUGCUUCAACAUCUGUAGAAAGUUGUUCUGGUGAUGAUGGCAGCAUCCCUUUGCAGCGAUACAAUUUCCGACAGAUCAGUGAAAUAGAAAAUCUGGACUGUUCUUCCACGGUAGAUUUUCUUGGGGUUGUUACAUCAGUGAGCCCUUCUGUUACAAUAGCGCGGAAAAAUGGCCCAGAAGCCCAUAAAAGGACCAUUCAGCUGAAGGACAUGUCUGGUCGGAGCGUGCCAAUAACCCUGUGGGGAAACUUCUGUGAUGUUGAAGGACAGCUGCUGCAUUCACAGUGGGAGUCUGGUUUGAACCCUAUACUUGCUGUGAAGGGUGGCCGUAUCAGUCAUUUCAAUGGACCAUCUGUGGGCACAACUAGCUCAAGCCAGUUGAAAAUAAACCCUGACUUACCCGCGGCAGAAAAGCUGAGGCGAUGGUACGCAGCCGAGCAGGAGGACGAUGUUUACCAAACCAUUGUGCAGAUCAAUGAUGAGGACUUUGGGACGUUAAGUCAGCCUGAUUUGGCCACCGUUGUGGCUACAAUUUCAUUUGUAUGCUCUGGUGCCUGUUGCUACCCAGCCUGUGACUUGAUGUUUAAUGGCGAGCAAUGCAAGAAAAGGGUCACAGCUGAUGGUGAUUGGUGGUGGUGCAACAGAUGUCUUAGGAGGUCCAAAACUUGUGAGUACAGGUAUCAUAUCGUGUGUCAGAUUCAUGAUCAUACUGGUUCUACCUAUGCUACUGUCUCUCAAAAGGCGGCCAGGGACAUAAUUGGCCGCAAGGCACAAGAGUUUUACACAAUAAAAGAUGCUGUGCAAAAUGGCCAAGAAUUUGAGAAAAUCAUGCAGGGGAUUCUUGGGUGUGAAUAUCUGCUCAAGAUGAGCAUUAAGAAGGUCGCCGAGAACGGUAUCGUCGUGAAGCGUGUCAUAGUAGAGGCUGAAAGGCUGGACUUGUCAAACAGUCGCCGUGUCCUGGGAGCAAUCGACAAACUGUCGAAGGAUAACUCAUCUUCAUCUGUUGGUGACAUUGAGAUAUGAGCAUCGCGCAGAUCAGCUUCCGCAGCAUAUGUCUACACCAAUGCUUUCGCUUAGUUAUCUAUGAACCUACUUAGUUUGCUUUAGUUUCACUUAGUAGUAUGGUAUGCUGCAGUUAAUUAUGUAUAAUAAGCUACUCCUACGUGUGUAUGAAGUAUGAACUAUGAAGUACCUCUGCUCUGUGUUGGGCUUACCAUGACCUUGGCUUCCUUGUUAUGGAACCUAAGUUAGUAGCAUCCAACUAUCAGUUUAAUGGAUGUGUGCUUUUAUGCU